AUGCCUAAUAUUUGUUGUAGUUGUAAGGAACCAUCGUCGCCAUUAUAUACAGAUUGUAUUGUUACACAUUCCUUUAUGGUAGUAGGGAUGAGAUUUCGCGGUGGUCAUAAGUUUAAGAAAUCAGAUACCAUCACUCUUGAACCGGAGCCUUCUAAUACGUAUGAUAAGAAUGCGAUAAAAAUUAUGGUAGAUGGUAUCCAUAAAGCCUAUGUGGCAAAGGACGAGAAUGUAAGUAUAGGAGAUUUGAUGAGACGCUACCCUCGUUAUCGGAUGUCGCGAUACACUACAAGCAUCGAGGGACUAUGA